GAUCUUUAUUAUUCUAGCAUCACGGCAGCAGGCAUCUGCAAAGUUUGGAGUAACUCUUGUCACCACAACUGUAUGCCUGCUUAAAGGUGGUUUAAAGUCAGGGGCUCUGCGGCACAAGGAGUCUGCAUGUCUGCUUAGACAUGCUCAGCUUUGUGGAUACUCGGAUUCUGUUGCUGCUUGCAGUAACUUUAUACCUAACGACAUGCCAAUUGUCGGGUCCCAAAGGACCUCGAGGUGACAGGGGUCCUCAGGGCCCAAAUGGAAGAGAUGGCAAACCCGGACUCCCUGGCCCUCCUGGCCCCCCAGGCCCCCCUGGACUUGGAGGAAACUUUGCUGCUCAGUAUGAUGGUGCCAAGGCCCCUGAUCCUGGCCCUGGACCCCCAGGACCACCAGGACCCAGAGGCUCCCCUGGAAUGCCCGGACCCCAGGGACCCCAAGGACAGACAGGACACCCUGGUGAGCCUGGCCAGCCUGGAAACGACGGCCCUGUUGGUCCCCGUGGACCCCCUGGACCACCUGGCAAAUCUGGAGAAGAUGGAAACAACGGCAGGCCUGGCAAACCCGGAGACAGAGGUACCCCUGGCCCUCAGGGCGCUCGUGGAUUCCCAGGAACCCCAGGACUUCCAGGAAUGAAGGGACACAGAGGUUACAAUGGUAUUGAUGGACGCAAAGGAGAACCUGGCACUGCUGGCCCCAAGGGUGAGUCUGGUUCCCCUGGAUCUUCUGGAAGUCCUGGACUUGCUGGACAACGCGGUCAGCCUGGUGAGAGGGGUCGCCCCGGCCCUGCUGGUCCCGCUGGUGCUCGUGGUUCUGAUGGCAAUGUCGGACCUGCUGGUCCAGCUGGUCCUCUCGGUGCUGCCGGUCCCCCAGGCUUCCCCGGUGGUCCCGGCCCCAAGGGAGAGAUUGGAGCCGCUGGAAGCACUGGCCCAUCUGGACCUCAGGGGUCUAGAGGAGAGCCCGGACCUAAUGGUGCUGUUGGACCAGUUGGUCCUCCUGGUAACCCUGGUAAUAAUGGCCUGAAUGGAGCCAAGGGAGCUGCUGGCACCCCUGGUAUUGCUGGAGCUCCCGGUUUCCCUGGACCAAGAGGAGGCCCUGGACCUCAGGGACCUCAGGGUGCUGCUGGACCAAGAGGACCUUCUGGUGAUCCUGGUCUUCAGGGUGUCAAGGGAGACACUGGUUCCAAAGGAGAGCCUGGCAACGCUGGUCCCCAGGGACCUCCUGGAACUCAAGGGGAGGAAGGCAAGAGAGGACCCACUGGUGAGAUCGGUGCCAAUGGGCCUCCUGGCAACCGUGGUGCUAGGGGUGCUCCCGGAACCCGUGGCAUUCCAGGUUCUGAUGGAAGAGCUGGCCCAGUUGGUAUGCCUGGUGCCCGUGGUGCCACUGGUCCCGCUGGAUCGCGUGGACCCCCUGGAGAUGCUGGUCGUGCUGGUGAACCUGGCCCUGCUGGUCUAAGAGGUCUCCCAGGAAGCCCUGGAAGCUCUGGACCCCCAGGAAAGGAGGGACCUUCUGGUCCUGCCGGACAAGAUGGCCGUGCUGGACCUCCUGGCCCCGCUGGACCUAGAGGCCAGCCCGGAAACAUUGGUUUCCCUGGACCCAAAGGAGCAUCUGGAGAAUCUGGCAAGCCUGGUGAGAAGGGACCCAGUGGCCCCACUGGACUGAGGGGACCCCCUGGACCUGAUGGGAACAACGGAGCCACUGGCCCUAUGGGAUUAGCUGGCGGUCCUGGUGAGAAGGGAGAGCAGGGACCAGCCGGAGCUCCUGGCUUCCAGGGUCUGCCUGGACCUGCUGGACCUGCUGGUGAGGCUGGCAGGCCCGGAGAAAGAGGUAUCCCAGGAGAACAGGGAACAGCUGGGCCAGCUGGUGCCAAGGGAGAGCGCGGUAACCCAGGUUCUGCUGGAGCAACUGGGCCUCAAGGACAAGCUGGACCCCGUGGACCAGCUGGACCCCCUGGGUCUGAUGGUGGAAAGGGAGAGCCUGGAGCUGCUGGGAAUGCUGGUGCCCCUGGACAUCAAGGAGCUAGUGGUUCACCUGGUGAGCGUGGUAUAGCUGGUGCUCCAGGUGGCAAGGGAGAGAAGGGAGAGGCUGGAAACAGAGGCCCUGAUGGAAAUCCUGGCAGAGAUGGAGCCCGUGGCCUUCAAGGACCUCCCGGUCCUCCUGGACCCACUGGAGCCAAUGGUGAUAAGGGUGAGAUGGGUUCCUUUGGACCCGCUGGCCCUCCUGGACCUCGUGGACAAUCUGGAGAGCGUGGAGAGGUUGGCCCUCCUGGACCCCCUGGAUUUAGUGGCCCCCCUGGUGCCGAUGGUCAGCCCGGAGCCAGAGGAGAGCGUGGACCUUCUGGAGCUAAGGGAGAAGCUGGAGCCGCUGGCCCUGCUGGACCUUCUGGACAGUCUGGACCUGCUGGCCCUGCCGGCCCUGCUGGACCUCCUGGUGCUCGUGGAGAGAAUGGCCCUCCAGGUUUGACUGGUUUACCUGGUGCUGCUGGUAGAGUUGGUGCUCCUGGUCCUGCUGGUAUUGUUGGACCUCCUGGCCCCAGUGGUUCUGCUGGCAAAGAUGGACCUCGUGGUCUCCGUGGUGACCCUGGCCCUGCUGGUCCCUCUGGUGAGCAGGGGAUGGUUGGACCACCUGGUCCUCCUGGAGAGAAGGGACCAUCUGGAGAGUCUGGCCCUGCUGGAUCUACUGGUGCUCCUGGACCCUCUGGACUUCUUGGACCUCCAGGAUUUGUGGGUCUCCCAGGUAGUAGAGGACAAGUUGGUCUUCCUGGUGGUCCCGGCCCUGCUGGACCCCCUGGUAGUAGCGGACCCCCUGGUGUAACUGGAGCUCGUGGUGCCCCUGGUAACAUGGGCAUGCCUGGUAUGAACGGACCUCAGGGAGAGGCUGGACGCGAGGGUAGCCCUGGAAACGAUGGACCCCCUGGUCGUCCUGGUGCCCCUGGAUUCAAGGGAGAUCGUGGUGAGCCUGGAUCUCCUGGUUCCUUGGGACUCGCUGGUCCUCCAGGACCUGCUGGACCAAGUGGAGCUGCCGGCAGACCUGGAAACCGUGGAGAGCCUGGCUCACAAGGUCCUUCUGGAGCUGUUGGCCCGGCUGGAGCCAGAGGAGCCCCUGGACCCUCUGGACCUCGUGGUGAGAAGGGUGUUGCUGGAGACAAGGGAGACAGAGGCAUGAAGGGUCUGCGUGGACACCCUGGUCUCCAGGGAAUGCCUGGACCCUCUGGACCUCCUGGAGAGCCCGGACCUGCUGGAGCCCUUGGAGCUGCUGGACCUAGAGGACCUUCUGGACCCAAUGGACCCCCUGGUAAAGAUGGUAGAUCUGGCACACAUGGUCCCAUGGGCUCUCCUGGUUCCCGUGGACCUCCUGGAUAUGUUGGACCAUCUGGUCCUCCUGGAUCUCCUGGUCUGCCUGGACCUCCUGGCCCUGCUGGUGGCGGAUACGACGUCUCCGGAUACGAUGAGUACAGAGCUGAUCAGCCAGCUCUCAGAGCCAAGGACUAUGAAGUGGAUGCCACCAUCAAGUCUCUUAACACUCAGAUUGAGAACCUUCUUACCCCUGAGGGAUCCAGAAAGAACCCUGCACGCACCUGCCGUGACAUCAAGCUCAGCCACCCAGACUGGAGCAGCGGAUUCUACUGGAUUGACCCCAACCAGGGCUGCACCAACGAUGCCAUCAAGGUCUUCUGUGACUUCACCACCCGUGAGACCUGCAUCUAUGCCCAUCCUGAGAGAAUUGCACGCAAGAACUGGUACAGAGGAACAGAGAAGAGGAAGCAUGUCUGGUUCGGAGAGACCAUCAAUGGUGGUACCGAGUUUACCUACAACGAUGAGACCAUCAGCACACAGAGCAUGGCCACCCAGCUGGCUUUCAUGCGCCUGCUUUCCAAUCAGGCUAGCCAGAACAUCACCUACCACUGCAAGAACAGCAUCGCCUACAUGGAUGGUCAGAGCGGCAACCUGAAGAAGGCCGUGGUGCUUCAAGGCUCCAACGAUGUUGAGCUCAGGGCCGAGGGCAACAGCCGCUUUACCUUCUCUGUGCUGGAGGACGGCUGCACUAGACACACUGGUGAGUGGAGCAAGACAGUGAUUGAGUACAGAACAAAUAAACCAACUCGCCUCCCUAUCCUCGACAUUGCACCUUUGGACAUUGGUGGAGCUGAUCAGGAGUUUGGUUUGGACAUUGGCCCAGUCUGUUUCAAAUAAAUAGACUUAUGAUAAAUUAACAUCCAAAAAGAGAGAAAGAACGAAAAAAAAGAAAUCUCUGCCCUUCCCUUGUGUUUUUUGUACUGAAUGCUGACUUCCCUCUGCACAUCCACUUGCUUAAGAUGGGCAACUAUCGGAAAGGACUAAAUGGACUGAACAGAGAUUUUGUGCAAUGCAAAUUAAUACAGCCAAACCCAAAGGGACGCGGGAAAACACCUUGUUGUGGGACAUCAUGGCAUCGUUUUUUGUAAAAAAUAAAAGAAGUGUAAUAAAAAUGCUGAAAGUAUGCAUCAUUUUUGUGGUCUUUGUAUAUCUUCCAAAGAGGAGGUUUAAAACCACAAUUUCCAAGAACAAAAAAGGUUUGAACUACCUCAUGCCUGUACUCAAAGAAAAUAGUAUUGACAAAAACCUGAGUCCACAACCGAGAUGUUAAGACUUCCAGUGCUUCAUGCUUUGUCCUGCUUGGAAAGUGCUCAGUUACUUGAAGCAGAGACCUAUGGUGCUAAAAUGCAGCUGUGGAAUAAAACCACUUUUUUACUGUAUUACUUUGUAUUGACCUGUGAGGAGUCUUACAUUAAUCCCACCGAUACCCCCCACUUUAAGCAGGUGGAAUGUUUCAAAACCCCUAAUGUCUAAUGUCUGUUCUCUGUUUUGUUUGUUUUCUUUUUUUAUUUUGUCCAGUUUCUGACUUUUUUUUUUUUGGUCCAAAUUUUUUUCAGGCUUUUAUUUUAUUUUUUUUUUAACUCUCCCAGCUCUAUUCUCAGUGUUCACAUUGACAGCACAUUUUUCGUCCAGUCCCAAAUGGUUUCCAGCGCCCUUUCUCUCUCUCUCUCUCUCCAACAAUGACACUACAAAGUCUAUUGUACCUAUUUUGUAUAUGUGAGAUGUUUAAAUAAAUUGUGAAAAGUUCUGAAAUAAAGCAUGUCCAAUGUUCCAAAACCCACAAACCAUGCAGUGACUUUUAUGUUUUAAUGACAUCAUUGAAGGUAUGUCACUGUAUUUUUUUUUUCUUUUUCAUCUGGUCUUAGUUUUGCUGAUAAUUUAUGUAUCAGCACUGACUUAAACAUCUUCCUAUUGUGGAAGCAAAAUGUUAUCAAGAGUCACCUCCCAACUCAAUGUUGCCUAUCAUCUGAACAUCCAACUUUAAUGUAUAGUAAACUUCUGUUUACACUCUC